AUGCAACGCGAGUUUACAGAUUUAAUGGGCCAAACGGGGAUAGGUUGGAACCCCAUUACAAAAACUGUUGUUGCUACGGAAGAACAUUGGGCAAACGCAAUUCGGGUCCGAUCCCAGUGGAAAAAGUACAAGACCAACGGUUAUGCCGACUACGACAUCCUUUGCACGAUUUUUGGUCAGGCCGUCGCAACAGGGGUCUUGCAUUAUGCUUCAACGCAGGAACCCCCUUCUAGAGAGGAGGAGCAGCACCUGGAGGAGGAAUUGAGGGCCCGAGGUCCCGUGUUGGGUAGUGGCGUUGGAUUAGACUCAACCAUUGAUUUGGAUGACAUUUCCAUGACUCCAUCGACGCAAGGAGGGGUCUCACAGCGAAGGGCUCCUCGUAGGCGACGUAGGGACGCAGCCGGACCAUCAUUCUCACCAGUGCUUAGUGUUGCCAUACAGACACUUGCCGCCACUUCUCAACAACGGCUAGAUUUGGAUGCAAAGAUGUUUGAACUUUGCAGCUCCAAGUGCAGUAAAGGCCAGGGAUCGAAUAGUGGGUCGGAUGCAAGCUUUAGCAGUGUAGCACAGUGUAUUAACUUUUUGCAGGAUAUCACCCCUCCCCUACCGCCGGACAUUCAUCUUCGUGCAGUAAAAGCGUUUAUGGAUCCUCAUGUCCUAACUAUCUUCCAGAACAAGACCCCAUCGAUGAGAAUAGAUUGGGUUUGGUCACUACGCUGACCAUACCCACUCCGGCCUUGCUAUGUUUUUCUAAACUAAAUGAGACUUUAUUUUUAUGUUUAACUUUAUUAGAUGGUGUGUGAUUUCUAACAAUCUUAUUUCGUGUUGUCUAAUUUAAGUUCAAACUUGGUAUUUGGUUUUAAAU